AUGGACAACGGCAAGCGAUGCUUCUUCUCUGAAGACCAGACGGCCGCCGAAGCCCUGCAGAACCUCAGUCGACCCACGCCUGCCCUCCACACACAAGCCUCGAAUACCAGCGCCAACGGCAACAGCCAUAACGUACCACGGAGAAGCCUGAUGCCGUCGGAAAAUGGCACAGAGCGGAGGGCGAGCGAUGCCAGUACACGCGGUAUGACCAUGGAAGCGCGCAUGGCUCGAAUUGAGGCUAUGAUGGAAGCUCUCAUGCGCGACCGAGGUCUGACCAUGACGCCAAUGGGCAGUGUGGAGCGUGACCAGAACGGCAGCGAUGCUUUCAGAGGUGACGCCGCGUUGUCUGUUCCGCCGCUGGAUCCCAUCAACCCAGCUCUCGCCUUCAUGGGACAGCCCUCGCUCUUCUCAGAGAACUCCCUAGAGCCAGCCAACCCCGUCGCCCCAAGCGUUGGCUCUCCUAUCAACGGCGACCCAUCGCACCUCGUACAAGUCGGCAACAGGAAGCUACCCUUUCCUAGUCCCGCCGAUUACCAACAGUACCUAGCCUCCUUCUUUACCGACAUUCACCUGUCUCAUCCGUGCAUAGAUGAACCCGAGUUCCGCAACCGCAGCCAACACAUGCUAGCAAGCACGACCAUACCAUCAGAAGAUCGCGAGUUUCUCGCGCUGAACUACACCAUCUUCGCAUGCUGCGACGUACUCCUCAAUGUCGCACCCAUCGACACUGGCAAGCCUGCGGGCUGGCGCUGGCUUGAGAUGGCUGACGAGCUCGUCGACAAGAGGUCGCUACUAAGCGGAAGCGGUGAUCUGACGCUGAUACAUUGCGUUCUAUUCCAGGCUAUCUACUACCAAUACGCAGACAUGCCCGGCCCAGCUUACAACACCAUCGGCGCCGCUGCAACACUCGCUUUCCAGUCCUCCUUACAUCAGCAAUCCACGUGGACAAACAUCACGACGGUUCAAGCAUAUGAGCGCAUCUGCACCUUCUGGAAUAUAUUCGUCCAAGACCGAUUUAUCUCAUUGACGUGUGGAAGACCAUACAGGAUCCACGAAACCGACAUCCAAGUCGAGGCACCUGUAGACCUCUCACAAAGGGCAAACCUCUACAAAGCCGAGGAUAAUGAUGACCCCAGACCUUUCAUCGAUCACUACAUCCACUAUGUCAUACUCUGGGCGCGUUACGCCAGCAACGCUGUCGAUGGUCGCAGUCUGGAUAGCACAACCCAGGAUAUCAUUGAUCGGCAGAUCUCCCACUACCUCGAUCACGACUUACCAGUACUGGGGAUGCCAUCAUACGCUCAGCGGGAUGGUGAUGGGGAUGUACCACUGACGAUGUUCAUCAAACAGAAGAAGACAGACUUCGUUCUGUGGGGGCUACGUUCCGUCAUAAUCUCCCUGCAAUACGACGACAAUCACGCUGAACACCUCAGCCAACUUGCCUGCGACACCCUCACCAGAAUGACCUUCUUUACGCGGAAAGUUCGUCAGCCAUUCAGCCUUCGGCAUCGCAUGACGUCGGCCCUGUCGAAUGCACUUCUGGUAUUUUGCUCUCUUCUCGUCCGCGACUCUGCUGGAAGGACGCAUCCCCACACCGAGGCCCACAUCGAGGCCUUCCACCGCGCUAAGGGCAUGCUACAUGACUUGGCCUAUAGUCAGCCCCCGUCAAGCUCGACCAUGGAUAGGGAUUUCGUCCACCGCUCUCUGCGAAAAGUGGCACUGACGCGCCACGUUUCCACUCUACUCGCACGCCGCGAAGCAGACGAGCGACGAGCGACUUGGUACCCAUCCAACCCGGGCCUCUCGAUGAAAGAGAAGCAUCGUCUAUACCAGCUCAGACGCCGCGAUCGCCCCAGCGAAGAUACCCGCACUAGACAACCGGAAUCAGAGCGAAUCGGUCAAGCAGCAAAGAAGCUCGACGACGAACUCAACACGUACAUGGCGACCCACGCAAAGCAAGAGUGCAUGACACUGUCCGAGAUGAUGCAGAGCAAACUACCACGGGAACUACGCGAUAUGGUGUACGCCCAUCUACUCCCACGAGAGACUUACACCGUCGACCGCCAAAAAAAUGACUUUUACCUACGGCGGAUCAGUUGCGAUCAUCUCUUCACGCGCGGAUACGUUCCGAUUGAUACCAUGAAAGAGAUCGGCGAGAUGUGGUACAAGGUAUCGACUUUCGUAGUCUGCGCCUCUGAUGAACCCGAACGAGCUUCAGAAGCCUUGAACUUCCUCCACGAUGACACUUGGGGCUUGGACAUCGAUGUGUACCAACAUGUCAAGCACAUCUAUGUCGGUCUCGAUUACAUCCACGGCGUCGACGAGAUUAUUGGCCAUCUAAACGCCAAUCUCCGGAAACUUCUGUCACUAGGAGCAAAUGCGCGCGUCGUUCUAUAUCUCCAAUGUCCACACAAGCAUUAUGUGACGAUGAGAGAGCAGCCAAUAAUAGCUUUUGUGAGGAAGCUUCGACCGAUCUUCCCUGUCCUGGAGGAACUUGUCAGAGAGGGAAAAAGAGUUGUGGUCAACGUGAAGGGCUAUGAUGUGUUCGAGGUCAAGGUUGAAACACUAAAUGCGCCGAGUUGGAUCAGUCAGUUGAACCAAAUGCUCUCCGACAGACAUUUGAAUGACCUCCGGAGCGAUCAACUGAACAGAAGCAUCGGGACACAAUCCUAG